ACAAGUCGCAAGGCUAAUCGCUUAGGCGCUGACUCCACGAGCGAGAGAAUCGCGGCGAUAUUAUCGUCGUGCCACGUAUUUCUAUACAUUCUCUAUGGAACCGUCUCCACACGGCGAUAUUAUCGCCGCGAUGCGACGAGUGACAACGAGCGCGCGAAACGUCACUACAUCAUUGCUAGCCGGCCGCGACUAGCAGCGGGCCCACCGCGCUCUCACGACGAGCGCGCAGCGGGCGCGCUGUCAAACGCAGCGUCAUUUCAGCGUUGCCUCUCGUUAUACAAGGACGUUUCGAGAAGCUUUUUGAACAAAAGUACAAUGUUUGACAUUGAAAAGUUUAUAACAAAAUGGAAAUCUUUAAGGGAUCAAUUUCGUAAAGAGUUAAAGUUGCAGCAAUGUCCAAAAUCCGGUCAAGCUGCCUCAAAACGACGAAAGUAUGUUCAUUAUGAUGCAUUACUUUUUUUAAAGAAACACACAGAACACGCUUCAACAUCGUCAUACAUGAUCAAUGAGGACAGUCAAGAUGUUCUUGAUGAUGACGACAGUUCGGUUAAUACCAACCCUAGUGUUACGGAACCAUCCACGUCUAAUAAAAAGAAAACAUUAGUCCAAAUGUUUCUGGAAUCGAAUAAAGAGAUAUCGAAUGUUAUGCGCGAGAGUAUAGAUAUACAAAGAAAUAAUGUUCAACCACAGUAUCGCGACGAGCGUGGAAAUGAGGCAUUUUUCCGUUCGUUGCUACCACUUAUGGACAAAAUAAAAAAAGACUGUUUAAUUGAUGCCCGAACUGAGAUUAUGGCCGUAAUUAAGAAAUACACACCAUCAUCACAUACAUUUCUAGACUCAUAUUCUCGUACAUCUACACCAACAAGCGAGGACGAUAUUGCUCAAAUGUUAGAACACUUUGAUGGAAUGUAAACUUUAAAUUUAAUUUGAUGUAAGCGUGUAAGUAAAAUAAAUCUGCUUUAAACUUAAUGUAGUGUUACUGCUAAUCUU